AUGGUCAGAUGUCGUUGGCGCCUUUUUUUAUUUUUUUAAAUAUUAGCGUAUCUCAAUUUUCAAUCAAUUAAAAAAAUAAAAAUAAAAAAAUUUUAGCGGUGCCUAAAAAGUUUAAUCAGUGUUAGUUUGAAGCCAACGUUAAAAUAAGAAAAAAACACCGAAAACGGAAGCAUUUCGAACUGAAUCUCUAUGAAUAAAUUAUUUUUAGGUGGUCCGAACACACGUGACUAAUAAUUGUUCAACUACCAUAACUUUUUUUUAAACAAGAUAGUCGGUAGAUGCUGUACUUUGAAGUGAAGUGGUGUAUAGCGCGAACGCCUCCCGUCUCCGAGAGAUGUACGUGGAGCAGCGCAAGUGCGCUUGCAUACAGUUUUUGAUAUCGCGAGUUCAAUCCUCGCAGCGGCAAUUUUUUUAUUUUUUUCAAGAAAAAAAUAGCUUUUUCUUUUCAAACUUGUGGUUUUAUACUGUUUUAAUGACUUAUUACGACUUUGAAAAACCAAACUAAACUACUAAAAAAAUUUAAAUCCGAUAUGAAUACAAAAUGAACGACCAAAAAGUGUAAAAAUCUAAACUUUCAGUACUAAAUUUCGCGACUUUUUUUCACUACUGUUUUUGACCAUAACUUUUUCUCAACCUUUUUUUGAAAAAAACUAAACUGUUUUUGAAUAGUAAAUUAGAGCAGCUAUCCAACCAUAGUAAUAUUGAAGUUCGAAAAAUUUUUUGAAAAUUCGUCUGCGGUCCCUACCUAUGAGGGCCAAAAAAAAAAAUUUUAAACGGAAUAUUAAGGGGUUAGUUUCUGAACCCCUAGAGGGACCACUUUUUUGUCCCUUAUAAAACUGUUUUUUUCCCUCUAGAAAUCAAUAAAAAGUCUUUUCAGAUUGAGACAUUCAGAUAUAGAAUAUUUUUGAUCGAUUUAAAAAAAAACAACAAUAUUUCGAGAGUUAAUCAUCCUAAUGUACAGUACCGUGCAGUAAGAUAUACAAUUUCACUUUUUUCGUCAUAACUUUUGCAGGAGCUGUCCAAUUUCUGUAAAACUUUCUACAGUUGUUGCUUUCAAAUCCAGUAUUUUAACACGAAAAAAUCAGCUGAGUAGCUAAUUUUUGUAGUAAGUUACAGCUUGAAACCUGGAAUCAACGAAAUCUCCAAAAGCGGAAAAAAAUUUCAAAAGUGUUUUCUGGUUGAUAUACGAUAGGAAACAGUUAUUGAACACCUUUUUAUAUUCCACUGAAGUUUUGAGCUCAUUGUACCAUUGAUUGCUUCACUGUAAAACAGUUCCCCAGAUCAAAAAAAGCUUUAAGUCCAGACGCCUUUGAUUUGUACCAAUAAAUAACCUUUUGAAGGUCCUGACCGCCUUGAACCGUUCCUACCAUCCCGCCUGUUUCCAAUGUACUGCCUGCAGUCUUUGUCUCGACGGGGUUUCGUUUGCUUUGGACAAAAACGGACAGGUAUUCCACCAAUAAAAAUGCGAAACACCCUGAUUUUCAGCCUUUCUGUAUGCCGGACUACCAUGAGAGGUUCGCCCCGAGGUGCGCCAAGUGCAAAAAACCGAUCCUACCUGAAAACGUGAGCGAAAAACAAUCCAAGAAGAACUUCUAG